CAGCGUGCACGUUUUGGGGGGGGGGGUCAUGGUAUAAUAGUGAUUAGUAACUAUGGUCUUUUCAUUGCUUCAACACUUAAUUCGCUAAGCACCACGUUUCUAAGCUGCUAAUUAAUGCCAAAAGACGUUUCCGCUGCCUGGAUGUAUAAACAAUAUGGCGACUUGCAGUCCGGGUUGUGAGCAUUAUACUCGUGCCUGCUCUUUAAAGGCACCAUGCUGUAGUAAAUUUUACAUUUGUCGUCUUUGCCAUGAUGAAAAUGAAGAUCAUCAGAUGGACCGAUUCAGUGUGUCAGUAGUACAAUGUUCAACAUGUAAAAAAAUUCAGCAAGCACAACAAAUAUGUGAAGACUGCAACACUGUGUUUGGAGAGUACUACUGUGAUAUUUGCCAUCUCUAUGACAAAAACAAGAAACAGUACCACUGUACACAAUGUGGAAUUUGUAGAAUUGGCCCAAAAGAGAAGUUCUUUCAUUGUACAAAAUGCAAUUUAUGCCUGGCUCUAGAUCUGCAAGGAAAGCAUAAGAUGCUGUCUCAGGAGCUUAUAAAACCAGUGCCUUCCAGCUUAUGCAGGCAAAGGCUUUUAUUCAAGGAUUUUUGUGGUAUCAAAAAGGGAAGGAUCUUGGAGUGUGUUGAAAAUGUGUCAAGGCAAAACUGUCCAGUAUGCAUGGAGGAUAUGCAUACAUCACGUGUCUCUGCACAAGUGCUUCCAUGCGGACAUUUGCUGCAUAGCACUUGCUACAGUGACAUGCUAAAAAGGGGGUCAUACAGGUGCCCGGUAUGCAUGCAGUCAGCUGUUGAUAUGACUCAGUGCUGGCAGAAUUUAGAUGAAGAGGUCUCACAAACUCCAAUGCCAACAGAAUAUCAGAAUAUGACAGUCAUGGUAUUGUGUAAUGACUGCCACGUUCGUGGUGCUGUGCCAUUCCAUGUUCUCUGGAUGAAGUGCCCUGGGUGUGGGUCCUAUAACACUGUUCAGGACGGAAUGCUUGUUGAGCAGCAGCCCUCACAGCAGGAGCAACAUUGACAAGAAAAGAGUACAAUACAUAUUUUAGUGGUUUGCAAAAUUGCCUGUUUUGGAUGGGAUAUUAUUAAAAUGAAGAAAGAAUUA